GUUGUUUUACCCGUUAAUACGUAAAAACAGUUUCUUCUUUAUCUCGAUUGGUGCUAUUUAGGUCGUUGGUAUUUUCAUUCUCCUAUAUCAAGAAUUUUUAUGGAUGUGCGAGUAUUUUAUUUUAAGAUUUCGUGGUUUGCGACAGUAAACGGCGUGUAAAAAAGAUACCAAAUUUAUAAAAAUAUAUUUGCUAGUUUGCUACAACAGGUUUUCUUUGUUUUAUUUUUAAAGACUGUUCAGAAGAACACUAUCGUAAAGUUUCAGGGGAUGGCACUUGCAAAAAUUUUUUCUUCUGUAGCUGCAGCAGGGUCAGUUAUUGUCAGUGGAAUGAUAGCAUUAGAUAAUCAAGUGGCUGAAAUUGAGAGGAUAUCCAGUAGUUCCUCUUGCAGAUUUAAAGUACAAUAUAUAGACAACGAGUACGAUGUUCAUGAACGUGAUGCUGUGGUGUAUUUAUGUACAUCUGCCACUGCUGCCUUACCAGAUGCAGAAUGUAUCGAAUUGCAUCACUGGACAAUAUUGGUUUAUUUCGAAGACGGAGCUUUCAGAACGCUAGAUGGUGACUGUGAAGAUGACGAUGAAGGACGAAUAUACGGGCACUACAGUAAGGAGCGACGCCCCGAGUAUCACCACAUGAUAGAGCUGGGCAGCGUGAUGACGUCGCCGUACAAGCUGUGGAAGUGCGUCAGGGACUGUGCCCUAAACGGCACCCCCUACAAUGCCACCGUGAACAACUGCCAGGACUGGGUGCUAGCCGUGGCGAAGAAGCUCGGCAAUCACAUCUACAAGAAGUUGCAGGAGCAGCCCAGACUUUCCCCCAUCGCAAAGGGGUCCAUUGGGAUGUUCCAUGCGCUACGUAACUCUGCUUUACAUAGCAGCAGUUGAUCUUUCGAAACAUUGCCUCAAUGUAUUUGUAGAGCAGAUGGAGGAAAUAAAUUUUUUUUCUUGAUGAAAAUUGUUUUUA